AUGCGGGGAUCUGAGGCAUCGGGGCCUGGUGCUCUCUUGGGUGCUGCCUCAACUCUCACCACUUCGGUGAUAAGGAAUCCAACCUCGAUCCCGACAAGUUCAGCGCCCAUCCCGUCUACUGAUGCAGGUCUAGUCGCUAAAAAUGUCGAGCAUGUUUUAAUGUCACUCACAGCCCAAAAUGAUGGCGGCCUGGUCAGCGUCAGUGGCAAUUCGUCGGGUUCGACCGGCAAGGGUAUCUUGAUCGGUGUUCUCUCAGCAUUUGGCUCCGCGGUCGUUGCUGUCAUCGUUCUUGCCAUUUUUUUCUUCUUCAAGUACACACGGCGUGGCCGGAUUAUGCUUGAUCGCAUCGGGCGACCCGGCGAGUUUGACGAUGAGCAGGCGUUUGCGCGCGAGGAGGCGGAAGCGCUGGAGGUGAUGGAUGAUCUGUCGCGGUCCGAAUAUAUGAGAGCAAAGGCAUUUGUGGAAGCCUACCCGCCCGAGUCGAUGCAGACCGACAUUUCGUUAUCUCAGUUCCUCGCGAUACAGGAAAAGGGUGUCUCAGCGUGGGAGUUUCAACCAGAGUUGGAAAUCGCCAAUUGUUUUGUUGAAGGCCGAACGGAAAUUGAAUUCUAUGAUUCGGAAUGCAGUGUUCAGACCAACUUGCCUGUACCCAAGCAGAAUGACGUUUACUACUGGGAAGCGAAGAUCUACGAUAAGCCCGAAAACACUCUUGUCAGCGUUGGCAUGACCACAAAGCCAUAUCCUCUAUUUCGACUCCCGGGCUUCCACAAGUAUUCCGUCGCAUACUCAUCCACAGGUCAUCGUCGGCAUAAUCAGCCAUUCGCAUCGACGCCCUACGGCCCGCCUUUAUCACAGGGAGAUGUUAUUGGCGUAGGAUAUCGUCCUCGAUCAGGUACAAUUUUCUUCACUCGCAAUGGCAAAAAGUUGGAGGAUGUGGUCCAUGCAGCGAAAACACAGAAUUUCUUUCCCACAGUCGGCGCCAACGGCCCGUGUACCGUCCAUGUCAACUUUGGUCAGAUGGGAUUCGUUUUCAUUGAAGCGAACGUCAAGAAAUGGGGCUUGGCCCCCAUGACAGGCAGCCUAGCCCCUCCCCCACCCUAUGGAAGCGAGCAAGGCAGUAUCCUCCUGGAGUCUGGUCGUGAGAGCGCCGCCCAGAUCUCCCAGCGGGUUUACCAAGAGGCAGGCUAUGCAAGGACGAACUCGACCGUCAGGAUUCCACCUUCCCGCAGCCCCGGCCCGGUCCGGUCACCGACAGAUAUAUCUCUCGCCCAGCUUGCCCAUAUACCUUCUCACGAGGACGUUGGGGAGGGAUCGAGUCAGGCAAACACCAUUGAUGGGGAACAAACGCCUCUACUGAACACGAACGAUCUCGAUGAUCAGGUCCCACCUCCCGAGUACUCAAGUCCCGAUGGUAGCCGAAGAGGUAGUGAUAUUGCCGGAGACCUGCCACGUCAGGGUUCACCACCGAUACCAAGCUACGAUGCUGCCGUUGGUAAUCACAGUGGUGAUACUGCACGAUCGGACAGCGAGCCUUAA